AUGGGACUGUCAGAGGGAUUCUGGCACCAUGAAUACUGGCUGCCAGCUGGAGCUACCUGGGAAGACAUGAAGGAGUCUGCAGACAUACACUACCCACAGCCUCAGGACCUCUUGCUUUGCCUCCCUGGUGCCCUGCUCUUGAUCAUUGUCCGAUGCAUCUUUGAAAGAACCGUAGCUCUGCCCUUGGGCAGGAGGUUGGGUGUGAGUGACAAGCUGAGGCCCAUAGUUCAGCCCAAUGCCACGCUGGAAGGCUUCUACGUUCUGCUGGGCAGGACCCCAAAGGAGGGAGACCUGAUUUCACUGGCCAAGCAAAGUGACCUGCCAAUCAAAAAGGUGGAGACGUGGUUCCGGCACCGGCGGGCCCAGGACCGGCCCAGGCUGAUGAAGAAGUUCUGUGAGGCCAGCUGGAGAUUUACAUUCUAUUUCACCUCAUUCUUCUCUGGGCUGGCUCUCCUGUAUGAUAAGCCCUGGUUUUGGGACCACACUGUGUGCUGGCUGAGAUUUCCACAACAGCCUCUCCCGCCUGCAUUGGGCUGGUUCUACCUGCUGGAGCUCUCCUUCUACUGCUCGCUGGUGGCCACACUGCCCUUUGAUGUGAAGAGGAAGGACUUUAAGGAACAGAUCAUCCACCACAUCGCCACCAUCACUCUGAUCUUUGUCUCCUACUGUGCCAAUCUUAUACGGUUUGGGAUGAUAAUCAUGCUGGUCCAUGAUGCCUCCGAUUAUAUUUUAGAGCUUGCCAAGAUGCUCCAUUACAUGAAAUGGAAGCAGGCCUGCGAAGCAGUCUUUAUUGUUUUUGCUGUGGUUUUCAUCAUCUCCCGGCUUGUCGUUUUCCCGUUAAUGUGAGUUACAUUUU